UUAUUCGCCCGAACGGGACCAAUUGGUUGCCGCAUCGCGUCGUCUUACCUCCCUAACUGAGACAGCUUCGCGCACCCGCGUCUUCUCGUCCCUCCACCCGACCGCCCGCUGUGCUGCCAGACCUGCUGCCCUCCUCGCGUCUGGAGAGCUAUGUCGAAGCUGUCGGACGCCGUGAAGGCGCUCAUCAACGCCAGCCACGCUAGGCCGGGCUACACCCCUGCCCCCGACGCCGCGACCACCACCAUAGCCCAGUUUGCGAGCGAUGCUGCCGUGAAGAAGGUCGGGCUGCCGGCCUGGGUCACGUUGUCGACCGCCGUCUCGGCCACGCUCAACUGCCCCGAGGCCAUGACGUUCACCUACCUGCUGGCCAACUCGAUGCCCGCGGCUGAGUCGUACACGCCGGUGCAGGUCGCGGAGCUGAUACGCGAGGUCGGGCUGAAGUGCAUCUCGUUCAACGGGAUCCCGCGGAGCAUCAACACGCUGGGGGCGUUCCGGGCGAGCCUGCCGCCGGACGUGGCAGCGGCGCUGAGCACGACGCCGACGCGCGAGCUGACGCCCGACAACCUGGCGGUGCGCAAGCGCGACGGGCUCGCGCUCUGGGACGGCGUCUACCGCGGCUUCGAGCGCACGCUGCUCGACCGCCUCGCCCAGUCCCACCCGGACCUGCCCGUCCACAUCCUCAACGGCCACUACUCCAACCUGCUCUCGAACCCGCGCGGUGUCUCGCCCCCCGGCGGCCCCGGCACCAAGGUCGGCCGCGUGCUGACCUCGCUCGUCGCCAUCGCCUGCCUGCGCGCCCAGACCGGCGUCGGCCCCCAGGUCGUCUCCCACGUCUUCGGCCUGCGCAAGGCGUUCGAGAACGGCGAGGCCAAGGCUGAGGGCGAGGAGCCCGUCGAGGGCGGCGCCUGGCUCGCCUCCGAUGAGGGCAACAUCUGGCUCCUCGAGAAAAUCGACAGCCUCGUGGGCGCCAUCACCGGCGGUCAAGGAACCACGUUCGCGCCCGGCCUGCGGCCCAAGUUGUAGCUAGACGAGCGUGCGCGG